AUGCGAUCUCAAGCUGCGCGUAUCUUAAAGACCCCUCUUAGGCAUCGUCUCCUCUUUCAACCCGCUACAUUACUCAGACCCCACUCUACCUUCCGCAACACUCGUUCAAUUCCGGGCUACAAAGCACUACGAGCAACCCCAACGAUCCCAUUCUUUGGCGCUUUCUUCAGCUCAAACAAGCCAGACGAACCAACAGGCAACAUGUCAUACCCCGAUCAGCGAAGCGAAGCAGAGUGGAGAGCAGUUCUGAACCCUGAGCAGUUCCGUAUUCUGCGUGAAAAGGGUACCGAGCGCCCUGGCACGGGUGAAUACGAUUCCCACUCCCCAACGAGCGGUGUAUAUAAUUGCGCUGGUUGCGAUACCCCGCUGUACAAGGCCGAUCAUAAAUUCAAGUCUGGAUGUGGAUGGCCUGCCUACUUCGACUCCAUUCCAGGGGCCGUAAAGAGACAUGUGGAUAACACCUUUGGAAUGAAGCGCACGGAGAUUACCUGCAGCAACUGUGGUGGCCACCUCGGCCAUGUCUUUGAAGGAGAAGGGUAUUCGACCCCGACCGAUGAACGGCACUGUGUGAAUAGUGUCAGUCUGCGGUUUACGGAGGAUGAAGGGACCAAGGGGAAGUCGAAGGCAUGA